AUGGCGUCUUCCCAAGAGGCCAAGUGGCUGCUGGAAAACGGCAACGUUAAGGUUCUGAGCAAGGAGACGAGGCACGGCCGCACGGCGCACAACCUGUCUUCUUCAUCCCUUCGCAAGAAGUCGGAUCUCUCGCUCGUUUCACGGGUUCGGGUCGGGUAUUUGAGGCUGCUUUUGGGUAAUUUGCUGGAGGUUUUGGUCGGGACAAAGCUCUCGUUUCUUUUUCUGGCGAUCCCGGCCGCCAUUGUUGCUGAGCAUCGAGAUUUCGCGAGUCCAUGGGUUUUUGCUUUGAGUUUGCUCGGACUCACGCCGCUAGCAGAACGAAUCAGUUUUCUGACCGAGCAAAUUGCUUUCUACACAGGACCAACAGUUGGGGGGCUCCUAAAUGCAACAUGUGGAAAUGCAACAGAGCUGAUAAUAGCUAUACUUGCACUCAUGCAGCAAAAGGUUGAUGUUGUGAAGUAUUCUCUAUUGGGCUCCAUACUUUCAAACCUUUUGUUGGUCCUUGGAUCCUCCCUCUUGUGUGGCGGCAUUGCAAAUAUGUCGAAAGAGCAAAAAUUCGACCGAAAACAAGCCGACAUCAACUCGCUACUCUUGCUGUUGGGACUAAUGUGCCAUGUGUUACCUCUGAUGUACAAAUUAUCCGGGAAGUCUUUGGAAAUAACCGAGGCUACGACACUUAACCUGUCCAGAGCUAGUUGCAUUAUCAUGCUUGUUGCUUACAUGGCGUAUCUCGUUUUCCAGUUGUGGACUCACCGGCAAUUUUUCGAAGCACAAGAGGGCGCAGAAGAUGAUGAUGUUUUGUCCGAUGAAUUAGCAGUGAUUGGCUUUUGGAGUGCGUUUAUUUGGUUGGCAUUGAUGACGGUCGUUGUAGCACUUUUAUCCGAAUACGUCGUGGCCACAAUUGAAGCUGCAUCGGAUUCGUGGGGUCUCUCAGUUAGCUUCAUUAGCGUAAUUUUGCUACCAAUAGUCGGCAAUGCAGCGGAACAUGUCGGGGCCAUCAUUUUCGCAUUGAAGAACAAAUUGGACAUAACUCUAGGUGUAGCGCUAGGCUCGGCCACUCAAAUCGCCAUGUUUGUGGUUCCACUAAGCAUGUUAGUUUCAUGGAUCAUCGGCAUCAAUAUGGAUCUCGCUUUCAAUCUCCUCGAGACAAGCGCUCUUGCCUUGUCGAUACUCGUCACAGCUUUCACCUUACAGGAUGGAAAUUCUCAUUACAUGAAGGGACUCGUGCUUCUUAUAUGCUACCUUGUUGUUGGGGCCUCCUUUUUUUGUGUUUAG